AUGUCAGAAACAACAAACGAUCAAACGAGAUAUAAAUUCAUCUACUUUGUUCCUCCAUCUUCUCUUACCGCAACAAAAGAAGCAAUCUUCUCCACCUCUUUGGCUGGAAGAUUUCCUGCUUCUGAGCCUUUGUAUACUGAUGUUUGUUUCCACACUUCAGGAACAGGAAAUUUCACCCCCUCAACAACAUCAUCUCCUCACAUAGGAACCCCAGGUCACCAAGAAAUUCUCGAGGAAUUAAAAGUAGAGUUGCAAAUCACAGGUGCGGAAAAUGUAAAGACUGUGGUGAAGGUCUUGAAAGAGUGA